AUAUAAUAUAUUGUAUAUAUUUAUAUAAUAUAUUGUAUAUAUGUUUAUAAUAUUUGCGUCGAGCUAAAUGCUAACAUCACCUCCAUGUUUAGGGUUUAAAGAUUCAGCAUCUUCUGCCCUGUUGUUAAUGGGGGGGGUUUCUUUCUGACGAACCAGCAGGUGUUGAUUAUUAAUUUAAUGAAAGCCUCUAUUUGCCCCCCCCCCCGAAUUAAAGCUCUUAUUCUGAAAAGACUCGUGAGUCAGCCACAUGUUUUAUAACACCCACAUCCUGAUAGAAGGACCUCUUAUGUUCACAUCUCAUUUACUGUAUGACAUCAGACUUCUAUGUAAUAACAAAGCAGCAUGCUGAGGGGGGGGGCAUUUAUGUUAACGUGUUUUUUGGUCGCAGGCCUCCUACCGUCCCUUCCUGCGGCAGCUCCUGGAGGAGGUGUUCCACCCCGACAGACCCGAGUGUCCCGACAUAGAGCACACGUCCGGGGGCCUCACCGACCUGCUGAAGACCGGCUUCAGCAUGUUCAUGAAGGUGAGUCGUCCGCAUCCCGGCGACAACCCUCUGCUGCUCCUCUUCCUGGUGGGCGGAGUCACGCCUUCAGAGCUCCGCCUCAUCAGGGACACCGCCUCCACCCACAAACCGGGGACUCAGGUGCUGGUUCUGUCCACCAGGCUCCUGCGGCCCACUGACGUCCCCGAGCUGCUCUUCCCCCCACGCAGGAGGCCGCCGCCCCCAGCCGCCAUCUAGGAGAGAAAACCUGCGUCACAAGGACACGUGCGCCGCGAACGCCUCCCGACACCUCGCCGGGUCGUGAGGCGAGGCCUCGUUAAUGAGGGGGGGGGUUCCUGUGUAUCAUUCCACACGCGCCUUAUGUGGAAGAAGAUAUUUAUUUUUGUUGAUGGAACGAACAAAUAAAUUGAACAUUUCUGACA